AUGCUCGUAAACCAAGGUGCAGAUGAGUCCAGGCCUUGUUUUGUGCUCGGUGUGUCUGACUGUGUUGUGUGUCUCCCUGGCAGACCGAAGCGGCAACCGAAGCCCUCAUCAGACGAAGGUUACUGGGACUGCAGUGUGUGUACCUUCAAGAACAGCGCCGAGGCCUUCAAGUGCCUUAUGUGUGAUGUACGUAAGGGGACCUCCACUCGAAAACCUCGACCCGUUUCUCAGAUGGUGGCACAGCAAGUAACACAGCAGUUUGUACCACCCAUGCAGACAAAGAAAGAAAAAAAAGAUAAAAUAGAGAAGGAAAAGAGUGAAAAAGAAACACCCAUUAAAAAGAACAGUAAUAAGAAAACAAGGCCCCGAUUGAAAAAUGUGGAUAGAAGUAGUGCACAGCAUUUGGAGGUCACUGUGGGGGACCUAACCGUGAUUAUUACAGACUUUAAGGAGAAAACAAAAUCCCCACCUGCAUCCAGUACCACAUUAGUGGAUCAGCACAGUCAAAGUGGAUCUGGCUCUGAAAACACAGAGAGAGGAAUAUCCAGGUCACCUUCGCCCAGAGGAGAAACGUCAUCAGUAAAUGGGGAAUCACAUUAAAGUUCUCUUCACCCUUUCUAGUCAUUAACUGAUAUUGUGACAAACAUCUUCUGCCAAUAGUUACCACAGUUACAUAGGGAAAACUCUAAUGCUAAUCUUAUAUUUUUCUGAAGAAAAAAAUGGUUAGGUAUGCACUUAUUUUUUUAAGUCUACAUUUGUAAGUGCACAUUGGGAGAUGCAGCUUUCAGGUAAGUAACACCAAAUCAUGAAACGGGUUCCUAUAAAAGAUCAUAUGUUCCUGCUCUGAUCUUGUCAAGAUGUUUGACUUGUUUAAUUACAAAAAUGUUUCAAUAAAUAUAACUUGUUUACUGGAUGCCAUAGCCAAGAGCCAAGUAAUAGCAAUACAAGCUUACUAAAGAGCUGAUAA